CGCGUCCGCUUCCGGCUUCCCUUGCUCCCCUGGAAUUCCGCGCGACGUCGCCGUCAGUCACCCGGCAGUUCGCUCGCGCAGGUCAUCGUCUCCCCGAUGACCGAAACGGUUACUCCCCCUAGUCGCACCAGUCACCACCACCACCAGUCCACCACCAGCGCCGAGCAGUUAGCCAGUUGCCACUACUCCCCGCAUCGCUAAUUGCUCUAGGACGUGUCUCGUUAAUCCUCCCCAUUCCUCAUACCGCCCGAUCCUACCUCCCCAACCGCCAAUCGCAGCCAUGUCCUCUUCCUCCACCUCCUCCUGCCACGGCAGCGGGAACCCUAGCCCCCCCGCAGCGGCGGGGGCCGUGUCGGUGGCGGCGGCGGCGGCGGGCCCCGCGGCGUGGCCCAGGCGGCAGUGCCGGGACGUGUUCUGGCUGGUGGUCUUCCUCCUCCACCUGCUCGUCUUCGGCGCCGCGCUCGCGCUCUUCGGCCUCAACCGCUUCCACCAGGCCGACCGCUUCAACAUCGGCCGCUACGCCAACCUCACCGCGGAGCCCUGGGGCACCCCCGCAGGCCCGCCGGACCCCGCGCCCGCGCCGCCGCCGCCCUCCGUCUACCGCUCCGAGGACCCCUCCGUGCCGCCGUCCGAGCUCACCGAGACGUACUGGAAGUACUACGGCGCCGCGGGGGCUGUCGGGGCCGCGCUCGCGUGCGCGUGGCUGGCGGCGGCGGCCUGGAGGAAGGAUGGCGGCAAGGUGGUCAUGCGGACCGCCGUGCACUGCCUCACGGCGUACCUCGCGGUCGUCAGCGUCCUGUGCUUCUGGGGGAAGCACUUCUUCUGGGGCGUCGCUCUGGCCGUCGGCGCCGGCCUGCACUUCCUCUACGUCAUGUCUGUGCUCGAUAGGUUUCCCUUCACAAUGCUAGUACUGCAGAAGGCAGUAAGAAUGGUACGGGAACUUCCUGAUGUUAUGAGAAUUGCUUAUGCAUUUGUGCUAGUCAUGCUUUGUUGGAUGGCAUUAUGGUCCUUUGGAAUUUCUGGCAUUGUUGCCUUUGGCAUACCAAAUGGUGGGCAAUGGUGGCUUCUUUUGAUUUUUUCAGUCAGUUUAUUUUGGACUGGAGCUGUUCUUAGCAAUACAGUCCAUGUCAUUGUCUCAGGGAUGGUUUUCCUCGUUCUCAUUCAUGGUGGUCCAGCUGCUGCAACAAUGCCCCCAAAACCUCUUCUGAAAUCUCUUCAGUAUGCUGUGACAACUUCAUUUGGAAGCAUUUGCUAUGGAUCGCUUUUUACCGCUGCUAUUAGGACUUUGCGAUGGGAGAUUCGUGGAAUUCGUUCUAAAAUUGGCAGCAAUGAGUGUUUGCUAUGUUGUAUUGAUUUUUUGUUUCAUAUUGUGGAGACCCUUGUUCGCUUCUUCAACAAAUAUGCAUAUGUACAGAUAGCAGUUAAUGGACAGAGUUUCAAUCGCUCAGCUAGGGAUGCUUGGGAGCUGUUUCAAUCCACAGGCAUCGAAUCACUUGUUGCUUAUGACUGUUCAGGUGCUAUCCUUCUAAUGAGCACCAUUUUAGGUGGAUUGAUUACUGGAACCUGCAUGGGCGUUUGGACAUAUUUCAAACAAAGUGAUAAAGCUGUUAUGGUUGGUUCAACAUCCAUGCUGAUGGGUAUGAUACUGGUUGGACUAACUGUUGUGGUUGUGGAAAGUGCUGUUACAUCAAUAUACAUAUGCUAUGCCGAGGAUCCCCUUUUGAUUCAGAGAUGGGAUCCCGAAUUUUUUGAACAAAUGUCAGAAGCGCUACACCAGCGGCUGCAGUACCGAAGCGCGCGAGCUCGUCAAAUAUUGAAUGGGCGGCUUGAUCAUUUGCCACAUACGUCCAGUAUUUGAAUGAAUUGCGUGCCAGAUAUUGAUUAUCUCUGUGAAUCCAUUGAUACGUGGGCAGACAUUUACAGAAGAUUUGGAUCUCCCUGCCAUUGAAAUAUAUAGACCAAGGAAGAUAUUCGAAGCCAUUGACGUUCCGAGAACUGGAGUGCCCCAGCAAUCUUGUACGCCUUCAAGAACAAAAUGUUUUCAAAUCCAAAUGAAGCCGUAAUGUGGAUGCUCAUGCUUCUUUGGUACUGCACCAUCGUUUUUUUUAUUUGUGUAAGGCUUUUCUGGUAAGGUAGAUACUAUUAAAUCCAUUUCGAGAUUUGUGAUGCAGAAUGUGUCCGGUUUCAACAUCAGUGCGGGUUAGUGUGGCAAUGUGAUAGGUUUUUGUCUUCCUUUUGUAGCCUUAGCGCUACAAUACGAUAAACUAUGGAGAGGAACAGCAUCAUGGUCGCUACUUGGCCGGUUGUACAUAAC